AUGGAGUCAGUACUUGAAGUACCUGAACAUAAGCAUCCACUAAAACUCAUUGAUUUGCAGCUACAAUAUGAAGAAGAAGAAGAAGAAGAAGAAGAAGAAGAAGAAGAAGAAGAAGAAGAAGAUGAGGAUGGUUAUCCCAUUAUGAAAGAUGGCUUUCAUGGCGUCACAUGUAGGAGGUGUGAGGAAGAAAUCCAUGUGUACCACAGGUACUACUACACAUGUUGUUCAUCAUCAUGUGAUGAUAAGAAGGUCUUCUCACUUCACAAAUUUUGUGCUGAGCUCUCCAUAAGAUAUGCAUAUUAUGAUUUGAUAUGCAAACUUUGUAAGAGAGAUCACGAACCUGGAGCACUGUUUUACCGAUGUAAUAAAUGUUAUUUCUGCAUUGAUCUCAAGUGUGCGUUAGAAGUAGGAAAAAAUGUCAUCCAUCAUCCUUGCCACCCUCACCUGCUAAUGUCCGCUAUCCUUAAGCCAAUUUCAUGCGAGUGUAGUGCUUGUGGGAAGGAACAUAAAGGCAUCUUCUAUCAAUGUACCAUUUGUACUAACUUCGCCAUACACAGUGAAUGUGCUUUCCUACCAGAAAGUUUGCUAAUCCAAGAGAGAACACAUGAUGCUUUUUAUCAUCCUCAUCCACUCACCAUUGCAUAUUCAUUCCCACAGAUAGAUCAAAAAGCUAAACAUGAUCCUAGAUGCAGAGUGUGUAGACAUGAUUUUGUAGGUAUGGAGGAUCAUUGGAUUUACAAAUGCGAUAAAUGUCUGUACUAUGUCCAUCUGGAUUGUGCAAUUAGUUUGCCGCCUCCUGCUGGCUUUGGCAAAACCAUUAAAAAUUAUGAAGAUGUUGACCAUCCUGGUCUUCUCCAUCUCCCAUUCCCCGAUGAAACAUACAGCCUACCAAAACACUACUUGUUUUUCCAACAAACCACUACUCAUCCUCCUCAUCAUCAUCACCACCUAAUACACGAUAGUCAUCAACACCCUCUGAUUCUAGUUGAUGGUGAGACACAAAUUGAUACCGAAUGCCAAACCUCCUCAAAGGUUAAUCUUUCAUCAUCAAUGUGUCAUGACCCGAUGAAAAAGACCCAACUGUUAUGCAAUGGAUGUCUCAGACCAAUCAUGUCCACCAUGCCUUUUUACAUUUGUGCUAAUGCUAAUGCUAAUGAUGAUGAGAUUCAGAUUCAGGGGGUUUGCAAUAACUUUGCUCUCCAUGAGUGGUGCACUCGACUCCCCCCAAAAGUACAAAACCACCCUGGUCACCCACGACAUACCCUCCAUCUCAUCUGCUCAAACAUCCCUGGUUGCCUUUUCGGUUUGUUCAGGUGUAACUUUUGUGAUCUACCUUGCAACGGAUUUGCGUAUGGUUGUUUCAAAUGCGAAUAUCUUGUUGAUGUUACUUGUGGGCUUAUACCUAGAGAAAUCACACACAAAGCUCACCCGAAUCACCUUCUUUCAAUAGUUCAAGUAAAAGAUGGGUAUACUUCUUGUCUUAUGUGUCUCAAAUAUUCUACUCGAGGUCACCAUUCAUUCCAUUGCAACAUAUGCAAUAUCUAUAUACAUCCUCAUUGUGCUUUGUUACUAGCCGAGACAAUCAGGCACAAGUAUGACAAGAACCAUCCCAUGAAGCUAAGUUACCUCCCAAUUGAGAACCACAAGAGUGAAUACGUUUGUGAAAUUUGUGAGGAGGAUCUGAAUCCUCAUGAAUCUUUCUAUCAUUGUAAAGAUUGUGUUCAGUCGAUACAUACUGCUUGUGCUCCGUUAAUACUUCAGAGCGAGACACAUACCUAUAUCAAGUAUUGGAGAAGCGCUUAUGAAUUUGUGCAUAUAAAGUUUGGAGGCAUUUAUAAGACUGAUAGUCACCCACACCCUCUCUCAUUUGCUCAAGGUAUUGUGUUGGAUGGCUACUGUCAUAUAUGUCAUGAGCGAUUACAGUAUAAAAUGAUCUUUAAAUGCCUCGAGUGUAAAUUUGCAUAUGAUCACAUCUGCUGUGAGCGUUUUCUUUUUGGCAAUAGUUUAGCUCAUCCCAAUCUGCUGUGA